AGCUCAUAUUUGGAAAAAUGAACUACACAAGAAUUUCUCAACUAGAACUUUCUUCACUAACGAAUCAGUUUCUCUCUGUUCAGGGAUGAUAAAGCAAGAACCAUCAUUUUCGAUCUCGCUCAUUCAGGAGAAGAUUUCUAGGGAUUUUGGUUUCAAAAUUUCUUAUAGGAAGGCUUGGAAAGCCAAACAAAAAGCAAUAGUGAAGAUCUUCGGUGAUUGGGAUGAGUCUUAUGCAAUAUUGCCAAGAUGGUUGGAUUACAUGCAAUCGCUUGCACAAGGUUCUAUGUACGAGAUUGAAACAAAGGAUUUUGAGGUUGGGAACCAGGUUGACAAUCGAUUUCAAGUGUUUCAUCGCCUUUUUUGGACAUUCAAGCAAUGUUGUGAUGCUUUUAAGUAUUGUAAGCCCAUAAUUCAAGUCGAUGGCACCUUCCUUUAUGGCAAGUACCGGGGGACACUUUUGAUCGCCACAACCCAAGAUGGGAAUUGUUGCGUGUUGCCGAUUGCAUUUGCUAUUGUUGAAGGAGAGACAUUGGAGGCUUGGACGUGGUUCUUGGCUAACAUACGUCAACAUGUAACCCAAAAGCAAGGUAUAUGUUUUAUUUCUAAUCAACAUCAAAGCAUAGAAUCGGUGGUCGCAAAUGAACACCUUGGUUGGCAGCCUCCACAUGCAUAUCAUGUCUAUUGCAUCCGACACAUCGCCAACAAUUUCGAUAAUAAAUUCAAGAACGUGAAGUUAAAGAAUGAUUUAUUUAAACUAGGUUACAUGACUUCCAAGAUUUAUUUUGACAGAAAUUUGGAAAAAUUCCGACAAACUAGCCCUGAAAUUGCGAGUUGGAUUGAUACUAUUUCGAAGGAGAAAUGGAGUAUUGCAUAUGAUGAAGAGGGUCGAAGAUACGGGCACAUGACUACUAACUUGCCCGAGACUGUAAAUAAGAUUCUGAAAGGUGCUCGGAAUUUGCCUAUAACAGCGUUGGUCAAAUGUACUUACAGUAGACUUGUUGAAUACUUUGUCCAAAAGGGUUCACAAGCCCGUGCGGAACUCAGUGCUGGCAAUCGCUUUUGCAAAAAGCUGCUUGAUGCCAUCCAAAAAAACCAAGAGGAGGCCUGUUCCUUCAAAGUCCGAACACAUGAUGUGAUUUUGAAUAUGUUUGAGGUGGAGGAGAUAAUAAACCCAGCUAUGCAGAUGGGCAGUCGUCUAGUGUCUGUUGACUUAUGCAAACGCACUUGUCAGUGUGGCAAGUUCACUGCAUAUAGGUUUCCGUGCUCCCAUGUUAUAGCUGCAUGUGCUCAUGCGGACAUUGACUUCUACCAGUAUGUGGAUCCAAUUUACUCAAUCCAGAACAUUGUUGACACAUAUUCUGCACAGUGGUCGCCGAUUGGUAAUGAGGAAAGCAUUCCACCUGCUAGUGGUCCACGAUUAGUUCCCAAUGUGGAGACCGUGCGUGCAAAGGGUCGACCAAAGUCCACACGGAUAAGGAAUGAAAUGGACUUGGUGGAAUCACACCCUAGGCAUAAUAAAUGUGGGUAUUGUAAGCAAGUUGGUCACUCGCGACGUACAUGCCCUUCUCAUCCUGAUCAUUGAGUUUUUGAAUAUUUUUGGAGAUGUUCAAUCUAUCAGGGGGCUGAGGUGUUUUUGCCACACAGGAGCAUGUCAGAGUUGAAGAAGCGCCAGGCAGAGGAUUUUUAAGCUGCGGUUAAAACAAGAGUGGCAAGAUCUUAUUUUGUUACAUCACUUGCCGAAUAUCUCAUGGAUGUGAAUCAGUAAAUAGAUGCUUGUCGCCGCAUUAACCAGAAAUGUGAUGUUCAUAUGUUUCAAGCUUUUUGAACUAGGAUUAACUUAUGUUUUAGGCAUUCAUUAUUGUAUCUCAGGCUGACUUCUCUAACUUAGUGGAAUUGUCUCAUUUCUAUAUGUAUGUUAAACGUAAGCUUUGUGAGUUGCAUUGAGUGCUGAUUCUUU